CAACGCGUUCAGUCUUUGGUCGACGGUUGGCGCGAUCGGUUGCUCUUUAGACUCUAAUCUGAAGUGGUCAGACGGAACUUUGCCAAGUUUUUGGCGCGCGCGAUUCGGUGUUGUGAUUCUGUGAUUUUCCGAGCAUCGAAAGGAUACAAUUGCUGCAGUGCACACGCAUUUUAGGACCGGAGAGAUCAUGCUUAUUGACGCCGAGUGAUGACCCGACGCGACGGGAGGCGGCAAGCGAUGAAGUGAAGUGAGUGUUGUUUGCGCUCUAAAGUGCAUUCGCAUUAUUGGUGGGGUGCGAAAUCAACGAUCCGAAAAGUUUCGGGAAAAUCAUCCAGAGGAAAAGCGUGGCGGCGAGUGAAUAAUGAGACAAAAUCAUCAAUUAGUGAAAGUGACAAAUUUCGUGCUCUAUCUGGCGUUGGUCCUGCCGGUGGGGACACUGGUGGGGCAGCACGGCAAUACGGUCCAGGCUGAAGCCAGCGAGAGCCAUUCGACCGGAAAGGGAGCGGAGUUUUUGCCAUCAAGUGGGAACUCGGUGCUCGGAGGAGGCGGUGGCGGAACAGGAGGCCAUGGAAAGGGAUACUAUCGAGGCCCUCCGCACUGCAAACCGCACACAUUCAGUUCAAUCCAGCUGCGGAACGGCAGCAUUGCACCGUCCCACAAGCGCUCGGGAGUUUUCCCGUCGGCCACCUGCGAACUGUACGAAUUCAUCGGGCAAGGUGUUGAGCGGAUCCAGAUUGUUUUCUCCGAGUUUCGACUGCCCUCCAAGCAGGAACCGAACGAAUGCGGCGAGACGGAUAUUCUGAUGGUAUUCUUCCACAUCGACGGACGGGACGAAGUGGUGGAAACUCUCUGCGGAGAUACCCUCCCGAAGCCAAUCCUCUCCAGCGGUCCCCGGCUCCUGUUGGAGUUCCGCAGCACCUUCAACAACACGGACAACAAAGGAUUCACCGCGGAUUUCAUUUUUCUGACCAAUUUCGGUAUUUCCACGGGAUACCAGCCGAGUCCAUCGGAGUGCAACUUUUACUACUUCAAGAAUGCGUCGAACCAGGGCUGGAUCCAAUCGCCCAACUUUCCCGGUGCAUAUCCAAGGAACAUUCGCUGCAAUUACUACUUCUACGGUGAUCCGCUCGAUUAUGUCCUGAUCCGGUUCACCUAUUUCGACAUCGAGGGAGUUGCUCCCUGCGACGAAGACUCCGCCAGCGAUUACGUGGAGUUUUCCAACUUUAACACCCGCGAUCGCAAGUACCCCUUCUACUGUGGGCCGCGGCGUGAUCUGAUCGCCCGCUCGGAUGGGCGAUUCUUCCGCGUCACCAUGGUGUCCAACGAUCGGCUGGAUGGCACCGGGUUCCGGGCGCUGUACGCCUUCGAGAGCACGCUGAACAUGAUCGGGCCGGGCAGCGGGGUGAUCGGCAGCGGAGGCAUCUACGGCGUGGGUGUCGUCGGCGCCGCCGGGGUUCCCUUCAUUCCCGGUCAUUACCAGGCGGCGACGUCAUCGACGACGGAGCGGAAUGUCGCGGCGUCGGUGGCGAAGGUUACCAGCGGGAAGCGCGGCGCCGGAAUGCUCGCCGUCAACGGCGCUCGGAUAGCCUUCCACGGCGACGCUUCGGUGCUGCUUCUGACAGGUGUUGCGCUGUUGCUGUUCCAUCUGCUACCGUCGCUGCUCGGAUCGCAGUUGGCCGCCGCUAAUCCACCACCCAUGCCGCCCAUCCUAGUAGCCUGACGGCGUCGGCGAUGAACGAGUGGAGCAGCAUCCAGGCAACGAGCAGCGGUGAUGCCGGCGGCGACGAGGAAAUGUGUUUACUACGGUGACAGCCACGCUUCCCCCUUGGGGGGAAAUGCCACACCAGUUGUAUAAAUACGGGCGUUCGUCAUCUGUCGCUUCGCGUCGCGUCGUUCAGCGCUGAGCGAUUCCGCUUGGAAGCUGGAUGCCAGAAUUCCGAGUACCAGCCAUCCCUGCCUGUUGAACCGGCGAGAAACAUCAGUCAAGCUGCUUAGAGUUGGGGAGUUAUAAGAGUAAAUAAUUAAAGUGUCGGUCUGACGAAAGGGAAGCGAAAUCCGGCUGAGGCAGGGCGCAGAAGUUUGGUAAGCUCUUUCAAGUCGGAGGUAUUCCCGUGCAAGGAGGACUUUUUUUUACGAGAAACAUUCAUUAGAUUCACGAACCGCAAAAGCACACAAAGUAUUCCCCCGACGACGACGGUAGAAUCACAGAUAAGCAGAUGUAGCUCUGAGCAGAAAAAACUACGAAAAUGCAGGCUAUUUGCAUUCUAGGUAAACUACCGCCAUCUCGUUGUCAAAAUUGCACAAAACACUGUCUACUAUGUGUCACACUCUGACUAGCUACAUAAUUGAACGCAGACACCGCUGGUACAGCAUUCGGUGAGUUCUCUUACACACCUCGACCAAUUUAAGCAAGCUACGUCUGUUUAUCUAUGAUGGAAAUUAUAAUUGUACAUACACACCAGCGCCCCCGAACGGCAACGACGGCGGUGACGACAGGAGAAAAUCCAAUUUUGUCCCUUUGAUCAUGACCUACUUGAUUGUGAUAGCGACGAGAAACUAUACGUGUGGAAAAAUGUUCGUUCCCUUCUACCUAUGUUCCAAAGUAGUACACACUGCACACUGUAUGAGCCAGCUAGCAGCAGUAGCAGUUUAAUGUGAGAGAAUAAUCAAACCCGAAAAAAAUAGCGGACGAGACAACGCUAGAAUGCGAAAUCAAAUAAAGGAACUAAAAGAGGCCGCGGAAAUUGGUCGCCUGUGGCAACAAAACUCCGAGAAAGCCAAAAACU